AAAUACAUUGGGUAUCGACCUACUACACCUCUUCUGUGGUAUUAUUUGUGAAACAUUUUACAUAACAACUCUAAAAAAAUAUGUCCGGUAUUCUACACAGUAUUUCUGUUCUGUACUUAAAAAUAUUGAAAAUAUUUAUGUGAUCUCAUUUUUUAUAAUGUGAUAAUGUCGCAAUAGUAUUACAGUUUAAGUGUGUAAAUUUUGUCAAUAGAUGUGUAUAGUAAAAACGCGCGCGCGUUGGGUAUAUUAUAUAUGUGUAUAUUAUAUAUAAUGAUUAAAUUGCCGGCCGCCUUUGGAAGUUUUCAAUUGUAUGCACAUGUUUUGUAUCGUACUUUUAAAAUUUACUAGUUAUUCAGACACUUUUUAGUGCAACCAAAUAUUUUAUAUCAACAAAUUUAUGUUCUGUAUAUUCAACUUAUAACAAUUACAAAUUUGUGUAUUUUUUUAUGUAUGAAUUAGGUUAUAGGUUAUCUGUUUUGUGAUAUUUUUUACUCGGUGCCCUUGUUCGAUAAUCUCCUUAAUUAACAUUUGGUAUUAAGAGACGACGUUUGUAUGAAUCAUCAUUUAAUUAUUUCGACCUCUACAGGAAUUCAUUGAAACUACUCUUUGCUUCCACCAUGUCCACAUCAGCAUCAGUGGAUGAUCGUAUGUUGAAGGGAAUAAGAAGAAUUGUUCCAAAUUUAAACAAUGUUAAAUAUAAAGGACAGGAUGGCAGAAUUGGUAUAUUUGGUGGUAGUAUGGAAUAUACUGGUGCACCAUAUUUUGCAGCCAUGAGCGCACUUCGUACUGGAUGCGAUUUAGUGCAUAUAUUUUGCGUAAAAGAUGCAAGCAUUCCUUUGAAAUCAUUUAGUCCAGAGCCUAUUGUCCACCCAGUGUUAGAUCAAUAUGAUGCAGUUAAACAAAUAAGACCCUGGCUCGAUCGUCUGCAUGUAAUUAUUAUUGGUCCUGGUCUUGGUAGAGAUGACAAAGUAUUUAAAAUAAUUGUUGAACUGAUUGCAAUCUGUCGAGACAUGAAAAAACCAUUGGUGAUCGAUGCUGAUGGAUUAUUUUUAAUUAGUCAGAAACCUGACAUUAUAAAAGAAUAUCCAGGAGUAAUAUUGACACCAAAUGCUAUGGAAUUCAGUCGUCUAAUGAAAGGAGUGCUUGAUAAAACAGUUCAACCUUCGCCAUUAGUCAAAGCCACUGAUGUCAAACACUUGGCAGAAGCACUUGGAAAAAAUGUUACAAUUUUGCAUAAAGGAUCAAAAGAUUUAAUCGCAGAUGGACAUAAAGGUACAGAAGCAGUACCGUGUGGUUUGGCUGGUUCUGGCCGACGAUGCGGUGGGCAAGGUGAUCUACUAGUUGGAGCAUUAUCUGUGUUUUGGUGGUGGGCAAUUUGUGCAGGAAGUUGUGAAAGUUCUUUAUCAGCACCAAUAGCUGCUAGUUAUGCUGCAUCAAGAUUAGUGAGAGAAUGCAAUUCAUCUACAUAUAAGAUAAAGCAGAGAGGAAUGCUAACAUCCGACAUAUUGGAGCAAAUACAACCUGUUUUUGCAAGAAUCUUUGAAACGCAUUGUAACAAAACAUAUUCAUUCAAUGGGAGAAGUCGAACACGGAGCACUGAUUCCUGAAUUGUGCUCAUUCUCAUAUUUCCAUUUUUACAAACAGAGUUACAGGAACGUUUUCAUUUUCAUCUGUUGAUACAUUC